CAUCCAUAUAGAAACACCUGAGUAGUAUAAACCAUGUUGACAUGUUGUGUGUGUGUACUCGAAACAAAUUGUAAAUAAACAAGAAGGAAUAUGUAUUUUAUUUCACUUGCAAUAUUCGUUUUAAAGUUGCUUGGGACCCAUGGUUUACAGGUGACAGAAAACUUUUCUAAUACAGGGCAUUCUAAUAAUUGGGCAGUAUUAGUAGACACAUCGCGUUUUUGGUUUAAUUAUCGCCACGUUGCCAAUGUACUUUCCAUAUAUCGCAGCGUCAAAAGGUUAGGAAUUCCUGACUCUCAAAUAAUUCUAAUGAUAGCUGACGAUAUGGCAUGCAAUCCAAGAAAUCCAAGACCUGCCACUGUUUUUAAUAACAUUAAACAACAUAUCAAUGUUUAUGGAGACGAUGUAGAAGUAGACUACAGAGGCUAUGAAGUGACUGUUGAAAAUUUCGUGCGGCUUCUCACCGGACGUUUGUCACCAGAGACACCGAGAUCGAAAAAGUUACUCACGGAUGAAGGUUCAAACAUCCUUAUAUAUUUAACAGGGCAUGGAGGAAACGGUUUUUUGAAGUUUCAAGAUUCUGAAGAAAUAACUAGUCAAGAAUUAAGUGACGCUUUGGAGCAAAUGUGGCAAAAAAGAAGAUAUCACGAAAUUUUGUUUGUUGUUGACACUUGCCAAGCAAGCUCUAUGUAUGAGAAGUUUUAUUCUCCGAAUAUUUUAGCAGUGGCUUCUAGUCUUGUAGGAGAGGAUUCUUUAUCUCAUCACGUGGAUCCAGCUAUUGGAGUUUAUAUUAUUGAUAGAUAUACAUAUUAUGCUCUAGAUUUUCUUGAAAAAGUAGAACCUUCGAGUUCUAAAAUGCUGAGUGAAUUUUUAAAAGUUUGUCCUAAACAUUACUGCCUUUCCACUGUCGGCGUAAGAACAAACUUGUUCAGAAGGGAUCCUGCAUCCGUGCCUGUCACAGACUUUUUUGGAUCACUAAGACCUGUUGAACUAACAAACAAUAUUAUUCAUGUUAUUCCAGAAAAUUGCAGCCAAAGAAAUUAUUUAGAACCUGAUAGUAAAUAUAAAUACGUUCCAUUAUUUCCAGAUAUAUCGUCGUAUAUUUAAGAGAAAUAUGUAAAUAGAAUCAGUUUUAAAUAAUUAUAUGUAUAAAUUAUUAUUUUACCUAUAAGAAUAAUAAUUUUUGUUUGAAUAUAUUGAAUAUAUUAAUAGGAUACGAGAACUAUCCCGCGAUGUAACGUGCGUGUUUCGUUACUUUUAUACCUCAUAAUAAAUUGUCAGUGAGAAAUUCUAUAAUUAUGUAUAAUAACUAUAUAGUUUUUUCCCUUUAUUGCAAUACUAGCAAAUGAUACGCACGCAUUCUAUUUUUUAUUAUUUUGUAAAUUAAAAAAUUUUAUAUUUUCAUAAAUAAUAAAAUUCUUUAGAGCAA